AUGGCAUUUUCGUUAAGGAUACCAAGGUUAUUAGGUAGUUCAGAUACAGAAAAGCCUAAACCUAUCUCUAAGAGGCCCCCAAAUACUGCAUUCAGACAACAAAGAUUGAAAUCUUGGCAACCAAUACUUACACCACAAAGCGUAUUACCUUUAUUAGUAUUAUUUACUUGUAUUUUCACACCAAUAGGUGUUGGGUUAAUUAUAGGAACUUUACAUGUCCAAGAUAUCAUAAUAGACUAUACAAAAUGUGAAACAUUGGCAAAUUUAGAUAGUUUUACCGAAAUACCUUCAAAAUAUGUUAAUUACCAUUUUAAGCAAGAAACAUCUAUAAAGCCAGGAUGGCAAAUACAAGAAAAUUCUGAUGGUCAAAGAAGUUGUCAAUUGCAAUUUGAAAUUCCUAAUGAUAUAACAUCUUCUGUUUAUGUGUUUUAUAAACUUACAAAUUUUUUCCAAAAUCACCGUCGAUAUGUAACUUCUUUUGAUAGAAAUCAGUUGAAGGGUAAAGCUGUUAAAAUAAGUGAAUUGGAUGAAAGUUGUAGACCUCUACGAGAAUUUGGGGAUAAAGCUAUCUAUCCUUGUGGUUUAAUUGCUAAUUCUAUGUUUAAUGACACUUUCGCUAAAUCAUUGAUUGGAGUAGAAGAAACUACAGAUUUCGAGUUAACAAAUAAGGGGAUAUCAUGGAGCAUAGAUCGUAGUAGAUUUAAGAAAACUACAUAUAAUGCAUCAGAUAUCGUACCUCCUCCAAAUUGGACAAAGCUAUACCCAGAUGGAUAUACAGAUGAAAAUAUUCCAGAUUUACACUCUUGGGAAGAACUUCAAGUUUGGAUGAGAACUGCAUCUUUCCCAAAUUUUUAUAAGUUAGCAGCUAAAAAUGAAACUUCAGAUUUACCAAAAGGUCAGUAUAUAUAUAAUAUCGAAUCAAAUUAUCCUAUUUCUGACUAUGGUGGAACAAAAUCUUUCGUAUUAAGUACAAGUUCAAUAAUCGGAGGUAGAAAUGUUUCAUUGGGGGUGGUUUUUUUAAUCGUUGCUGGUAUAUGUAUCAUAUUCACAUUUAUAUUCCUCAUUAAGAUCAUCUCUCAACCAAGAUCAAUGGGUGAUCAAACCUAUCUUCAUUUUGACGUCUCUACGGAUACAUUUGAAAAUGAAGCAAACACACCUCCAAGGGAAAUAUUAUGA